UACAAUGCACAUCGUUCCUCCCACCGACCUAGGACCAAAAUUGCCAGUCGACGGUCUACGAUCGCAGGGAGCCAUGGGCGUAGCCAAGAUCGCCGUCGUCCUCUCCGUCAUCUCCACCCUCUUCCUUCUCUCCACCGCCACCCGCCUUACCCUUCCCGCCUCUUACGUCGCGGAGCUCGACCGUGAGCGGCCUGAAGACUCCCGCCAGGCGGCCACCGUCCUCCCCGUUGAAAAGUUACGCGAGGAUGGUGCCGCUACCGGCGAUGCCUUCCGCCCCAUCGACCUCACCCACCGCCCCAUCAUCCACCAGUACCGCCACGGCUCCCAAUUCGGCGUCCGCCUCAGCCGCGCCGCCGGCGACGAGGAGGUGGUCGUCCCCUAUGGCGACGACAUGAUCUUAUCGGUCCCGGCCAACGACGGGGAAUCGAACGCCGAAGUGGUCAAGGAGGAGGAAGAGCAAGAGAGAGUAGCGGAGGCGGAAGGGAAGCAGGGACCGCAGGAGGUUGCGGCGCCGAAGUGGACGGAGGAGAGCAAGGGGGAGGAAUACAUGACCAAGAAAGAAAGAGAAGAAGAGCCUGAUUCGGACUCCGACUCCGACUCCGACUCCGAUUCAGACGACGAGGAAGAAGAAGAUGGAGGUCGCUUGGCGCAAUGGCUUUGGGGCCUCUGGAAGCGCUUCCAUAUCUAAGUUGACUAUGGCGCUGCAUGGACUCAUGGAUUUGGACGAGGACGGGCGUCAGCGCUCCUCACUCGUGCUUAUAUGAAAUGAUCGAGCAACCUUAAUGACGAUAACUACAGCAGCACACGAUCGAAUCUCUGUUCACGGGCUCAGUCAAUGUUGUACUGGAGAUGGAGAGAGGAGUCCUUGUCUGGAUGCUAAGUAGCAAUAAUGGAGCUCGGAGGAUUGCUAGCUUUUCAUUGAUCUCUUCUAUAUGACCUUUCACUAAUUUCUCGUAUGUUUCUGUCCACGUCUGUGGAGUUCGUCCUCACUGUUCGAUGACCUGCAACCCACUGGUCCAAGAUGUGACCCCCCUCAUCUGCAUUGGACCAGGAGAGGAGUCCACUGCUUUUAUCCCGACGCUUCCGUCCCUCGAGAGGUGGCGGAGACGAUGAGAACUUGUUUGUUUACUUUUCUGUUCCCUGCAUACUUAUUUUAAUUCUCUUUGCUGUCCUGUCAUACGCAAACACAACGACUCCACCAUCAUUCCCGUCGCAGAUCCAUGGAAUGCGCCACCAGCCUCAUCCUCUCGCUGCUCUCCACUCUCCUCGUCCUCUCUCAUGCCGGCCGCCUCGCCCUUCCCCUCUCCGCCGCCGGAGACCUCGACCAGCCGGAGGGCGGCCUUCGCACGGCCACCGUCCCCCGCUUCGAAAUUGAUGCCCCCCUCUCUGCAGAUGGCUCCCGCCGCCGCUACCGUCACCGCGGCGCCGCUGUUCCCUACGGAGACGGCGUGAUCGCUUCGGUCCACGCGAAGGACGGGGAAGCAGGCGGUGAGGCGAAGACAGGCAGGGAGAAGGCUGCCGACGGGUGGCGGAGAACAGAGGAGGUUGACCAUAGUGGGGGCGAAGAGUACAAGAAGAAAGAUGACGACUUGAAUUCAGGUUCAGACGAGGUAAAGGAGGCAGGAGAAGAGGAGCUGCAGCUUCAGACUAAGAAUAAGAACAAGGAUAAAGAGAAGAAUAAGGAGAAGAACAAGGAUAAAGACAAGGAGAAGGAGAAGAACAAGAACAAAGACAAGGAGAAGGAGAAGAACAAGGAUAAAGAGAAGAAUAAGGAGAAGAACAAGGAUAAAGACAAGGAGAAGGAGAAGAACAAGAACAAAGAUAAGGAGAAGAACAAGGAUAAAGAGAAGAACAAGGAGAAAGACAAAGAUAAGGAGAAGAACAAGGAGAAAGAUAAGGAGAAGAACAAGAACAAAGAGAAGAGCAAGCACAAGCAGGAGAAAGAGGGUGAGGGAUGGAUGAAGUGGUAUCGGGAGCUGAAGAAUCGCUUGGAGCUGUAGGUAGACCUCCACCGGUGCUGGAGACAAGCUGGGAGCAGCUUACUGCAAUGUUCCAUCUUAUCUUGUGUGUUUUCCUAGAUCAGCAUGACAUGAUCUGUUUCUUCUGUGUCGUAUCAUCUACUAGUAAUCCGUACCUGUUCCGUGUUGAUAAAACGUUCCAUGUUUGAUCUUGUAUCAUCUUCUUCCAAUAAUUGUUCUUUGUUUUCUUUGGAA